GCUUCUUUUUGGCUCUUGGCUCUCCCGAGAAGUUAAAGCCAGCCGAAGAAACUCUUCCUCAGUGAGUUAAGGGGCCAGAGAAGACUUCUGAUACCUAAGAGGAAGAUUUCUUUUGGAUCUCAGAACUGUCUUCAGCUCCACGGGGGCACUCUUCGUGUGUUCUUAUCGAUGGAACUGAGAAGUGAGAAGUCCAGGCCCUCCAGGCUGUGUCUCGUGAUCGUCCUAUGUUUCUGGACUUCCUGCGUAUCGGGUUUGCCCACUACUAAGAAUAUGCUUCAAGUGCAAGCUUUGUUGGGAAUUAAAGGUGAACUCAAGGAUCCGGACAACGUCCUGGCGAACUGGGAUGAGUACUUUGUCGACCCGUGUGUGUGGACCAUGGUCUCUUGCUCAGACGACGGUUUCGUCGUGGCCUUACGAAUUCCGAGUCAAAACUUAUCGGGGCAGCUCUCGCCUAGCAUCAGCAACCUGACCAAUCUCGAGAAAGUGUUCCUCCAGAACAAUAGCAUAUCGGGACCUAUUCCUGCUGAGCUUGGGAGGCUGUCAAAGCUUCAGCAGCUCGAUCUUUCCCAGAACUCAUUCACCGGCAGAAUCCCAAGCGAGCUGUCCCACCUGAGGAGCCUCCAGAUCCUGAGAUUAAACAACAACAACCUGACGGAUCCGAUUCCUCCAUCUUUUGCUGAUAUGACCCAGCUAACCUUUAUGGAUCUUUCAUACAACAAUUUGAGCCCUCCACUGCCUAAGUUGCUGGCUAAAACAUUCAAAGUUGUAGGAAACCCGCUGCUAUGUGCCACGGGACAUGAAAAAGACUGUUACUGGACCCCUCAAAUGCCGACUACCAUCAAUUCGAGCAACUCACAGAAUUUUGAAUCUUCGGAGAGUCGGAAGAGCCACAACCUAGGAUUGGCCUUGGUUUUAAGUCUAGGGUGCAUCUGCAUACUUCUCCUCUCUGUCAGCUUCCUUCUCUGGUGGAGGCGGAGACUCAACAAGCAAAUUUUCUUCGAUGUCAAUGAGCAACAUUCCGAAGAGCUCUGCCUCGGAAACCUUAGGAAGUUCCACUUCAGGGAGCUGCAGGCAGCCACAAACAACUUUAGCAGCAAGAACUUGAUCGGGAAGGGUGGGUCAGGAAACGUCUACAAGGGUUAUCUCAAGGACGGGACAGUAGUGGCAGUAAAACGGCUAAGGGACGGAGGUGCCAUCGGGGGCGGAGCCCAAUUUCAGACAGAAGUCGAGAUGAUAAGCUUAGCAGUACAUAGAAACCUACUCAGGUUAUGUGGGUUCUGUAUUACCGCGACUGAACGGUUACUCGUGUACCCAUACAUGGCCAAUGGAAGUGUAGCUUCCCGUCUCCGAGGAAAACCGACUUUGGAGUGGAGCAUGAGAAAACGGAUUGCAGUCGGGGCUGCAAGGGGCCUUCUUUACUUACACGAGCAGUGCGACCCUAAGAUCAUACACAGGGACGUGAAGGCUGCAAAUAUAUUGCUAGACCAGUACUGUGAGGCAGUGGUGGGAGAUUUCGGGCUCGCGAAGCUCUUGGACCAUCGGCAAUCUCAUGUGACAACUGCUGUGAGAGGAACAGCAGGUCACAUUGCCCCUGAAUAUCUAUCGACGGGUCAAUCUUCGGAGAAGACAGAUGUGUUCGGGUUCGGGAUACUUCUGUUAGAGUUGAUCUCCGGGCAUAAGGCUAUUGAAUUCGGGAAAGCAGCAAAUCAGAGAGGAGCCAUGCUUGACUGGGUCCGGAAACUUCAGCAGGAGAAGAAGCUCGAGAUGCUUGUUGACAAGGACCUGAAGGGCAUAUAUGACCGGUUCGAACUUGAAGAGAUGGUUCGGGUGGCCCUCCUCUGCACCCAAUACCACCCGAGCCAAAGACCUAAAAUGUCUGAAGUGGUGAGGAUGUUAGAAGGGGAUGAGCUCGCCGAGAAGUGGGAAGCUUCUCAGAGGCCAGAGGCGACAAGCAGCGGUGCCCAUGAUUUCUUCUUCUCAAACCGCUGUUCAGAUCUCACCGAUGAUUCUUCUUUGCUUGUCCAACAAAUGGAGCUCUCUGGACCCCGAUAACAAAGUAAUUCGCUACACGGUUGUUAAGUUUGAAACUGCAGAAACUCAAAGAACAAUGUGAAUUGAACAUAUAUGGUACGACACAAUUACUCCGCAGAAUUUGACACUGAAAACUUGUCACCCAUGUAAUUAAGUGCUCUUUCUUUUUUGAAGUCAAUAAUGUAUUUUGGGUAUUUCGAUAAUAUUCUCAGCCAUGAAAGAUAAGAUUUCCGUUUU